AUUCCAUGGUAAUUAUAUGUUUUGUAUUUAUUUAUUAAAUAUUAUUAACGGCUUGAAUGUUUAGUUUUUCGUCUUCCGUCCAGUGAUUGUAGUUUAAUUAUAUAUUAUAUUUUUAAGUUUUGUGCGAGCAUCAUAUCAUAUAGCUCUAUAAAAUUAGAUUUAGUUGAUGAUCAAAUCACUAAUUUUAUUAAAUACGAAAUGCUCAAUAAAAUAAACGUGCACCAUGUAUGAAAACACGAACUCCAAAUCUGAUCUUUCAUCGCUAUCCAAGAGCGAACAAUCAAAUAAUGAACAGUUGACUUUGCCCAUUGAGAUUGACUUUAACCAAAUGGACAAUGUACCAACAACAAAUGAAGACUCAUCAAUUAACGAACCUAAUAAACAAUUGCCUACUAAAGACGCAGGUAUGAGCUCUCAGUAGUUGGCUACUUACUUUAAAUAUCAAUACCAACAUUAAUAUUUUUCAUAUUAUCUAUUGUGUGUGGUAUUAUUUUUUUUUUUAAUUUUCAAACAUAUUUUAGGAUGGAAUUCGCAUUCAGCAACUUCCCCUGUAUUAUAUUCCGAAUUUAUAAUUCAUGGGCCCCGUAAAGAAAAUAAUAAUUCAUCAUCAAUUGAAACAGUAGUAGAUUCUGAUUGUGAAACCAAACCGGUAUUGUUAUUUUUAUUAUUUAAUUUAAUGAGUAUUUAAAACUUGUACUUAUAUUAUGUUAAUUCAUAUUAUUCAGCCAAAUGAAGAAAUAGAAAAAUCGGAAGAAAAUUCAAAAUUUGAGCAUGAAAAAAUAUUUUGUGUAGCUACUAUAAGGAGAAUAUCACCUAAUACUAUAAAACUGAUUGGAGUAUGUCAAACCUCUAAGUGGACAUUAUAUCCACAUCUUCUUUAUCAGUCCAAUUACUGAGUAACACAAAAACAAUGAUUACGUAGAAUAACUAAAACAGCUUAUUUUUGAUUUUGAAGUAAAAAUAUCUAUUAUGAAAUGUAUAGUGAACAAUAUUUUGGAGGGAAUGUCAUUGGUAUUUUUUGAAUUAUGGACCAUAAAAAAGUUACAAUUAAAAAAAAAAGGUUUCUGUAUCUUUUAUAUCGAGCUGUAUAUUUUGAAUAAUACAAAAACCCUAUGACAUUCCCUCCAAAAUAUUGUUCUCUAUAAAAUUAUAAAUAAGUACUUUUACUUUAAAAUUAAAAUUAAGCUAGUUUUACUUAUUCUGCUUAAGUAUUGUUUAUGCAUGUUACCAAUAGUUUGACUGAGACUGUAGAUGUGGGUAUAAUAUCCUCUUAAUGUCUUAAGUUCAAAUCAAAUUUCAGUACAUUCAGUAGAUAUUGGUCCUUAAAUAACUUUUAAUAUUCAAUUAACUUUUUUUUUAGAUUUCAAAAAUUGAUCAAAAUGUGAAGGUGGACAUAAAAUCUGAUGGAUCUUCUCUUAAUGGUUACGCUGCUGAUCAUUCUAGUUCAUCUACAAAUUCUACAGUGUAAUUAUAAAUUCAAUUUAUUUUUGUAUAUGUAAAUUAAUCUCCAUUCAAAUUAUUUUUUCCCCUCGAAGAAGGGAAUUAGUUAUAAUUCAUUUCUUAAGAGUUCAGAUUUAUUUGGAUAUACUGAGCUUGUGAUAAAUUAAAGUUUUAAACAUUGUAAAAACAUGUUUAUUUUAUAUAAUAAAAUUCAACUCUCGUGAAGCACCAUUAUGUGGCAGUAUAAAAAAUUACAAAGUUAUUAAAAUUAUUUUGAACUAGUUUUUCACUUAGAAUUUUCAUCCAAAAGUAAGAAACACCCUAAUAUUUAUAUAUGUAUAUAUAUAUUAUAAAUAUGUGUGUGUAUAUAAAUGAUUCAAUACACAAUAGUUUCUAUUUUCAAGGAAAAUUUGACAGUAAAAAAAAAUGGUUAUUACAAAAAAUAAGGAUGGUCUGAUUCUUAAAAAAUAAUAUGUGUGUGUUCAGAAAAUACUUCUUUUGGUUUUUCAAUUCUUGUUCUUUUUUUUUAAGUAAAUUAAAUAUUUUAAAGAAGUUGUAUAAUAGAAAUGCUUAUUAUUGUUAUAAUAAUUUGUAUUCAAUAUUUAAUCUUUUUUAGAUGUCAUGAACAGUUCACCGUGCCAAAAAUUCCAAGAGAUUCAUUUAUGUCAUCAUCCAGUAGUGGUUCAUUAUCUGGAGUACCUUUACUUCAAUCAAAAUGUAACUAUUAAAAGUGUCAAUAUAAUAUUGUCGGUCUCUCGACAAAACAUCGUAAAUCAUUUUUAUAAAAUUGCACAUAAAUAAAAAAACUGGGUAGUUUUAAAGUUUAUUUUUCACCUUUUACUAAAUAUAUUAUUAGGAUGUGGAUUUAAAUGCUCUGAAAACAAUAAAAAUAUCUUUAAAAAAAUUAUAAUUUUAUGGGCUUCUAAAAAAAAAAAAGUACUAGAAUAUUAGUUCCAGUCACGGUUAUAGGUAAUUUAAUGUAUACCUGUUAGCAACGAAAAAACAAUUCUGAGUGCAGUUUAGUUGAUAGUGAUGCUUUGUCAACAAUAUAUAUAUCCUAUUAUGGUUAAAUAAUUAAAUAGACAUUAAUAUUUGUUUAAUAUUGUACCAAUUUCCCCAUGUUUUUGACAAUUUUUCACAUUUAUACUCCACAUCCUACUUAUCAUCUAAUAUUCUAUUGAUGGUUUUUUUUAAAUUUUUAAUAUACAAAUUUAACUUGCAUAUUGUGAUUUUCAAAAACUUAUAAAAUAUAAGAUUUUAUAUAUGUAUGUUGUAUUCAAAAGCAACUAACAGAGCUUUGAUUGUUUUACUUACUGUUUAUUCAAAAUCAUACAUUUUUAUAUUAUUAUAUGAAAAUACAGUCAAAUUCACUUAUAACGAUCUUCUAUGGACCUAGGGAAUCUGAUCGUUAUAACUGAACUUCGUUAUAUCCGGAUCAUAAAAAGUAUCAUGAUUUUUUUGAAAAAUUGAUUUCUUAAACAUAUUUUUGUCAAAACGGCAACUGAACGACUAAGAAAUGUAGGUAUUCUGUAUACAAUACGGUCGUACAAGACACAUAAUCUGUUACAGAUAAGAUUAAGAAUUAUCGAUUUGGACGAAAUCUAAUUUACUACACAAUGUACAAUGUACAUGCAUAUUAUUAAUCACUAUGGGUGAUUAUAAAAACCAAUUUUCGUUUUAACAUAACAUCGCUAUAUCCGGAUUAUCGUUAUAACCGAUAUCGUAAUAUACGAAUAAAAGUAUUAUACAUAACAUAUAAAACCAACCAAAUUCAUUGAUUGGAAUCGUUUUACCCGGAAUAUCGUUAUAUACGGCAUCGUUAUAGGUGAAUUUGACUGUACUACAAAAAUUUGAACAAAAUAAUAUCAGACUUUAAAAAAAUUUAGAGUAUUAUUAUAUGAAUAAAAAAAUCAUUUUUUUUUUACCUGCGAGAAUUUGCCAUGAAGCUGACAAUAUAUUGUUUCUGCAAAUCAGUAAUAAACUUUGGUAUAGAUUAUGAGUGUUACAAUAAAUAUAUUUAUAUAAUCUGUGUACACUCCAAAAUAUCUAUAAUUUUAGUGUAAAAAACAAAUAUCAAUAAUUCAAAUUUCCUUGUUCUCAUAUUAUGUUUUGUAACAAGAGUAUUCUUUUAGCAAUGGAAAUGUAAACUUUAUUUUGUAGAAUAGGUUUUUUUUUUUAAUUCUUUAAUUUCUUAUUCUCAUAAUUUGCAUAAAUAUAAAUAACUAUUAUUUUACACAGAUUAAUUAAAAAUAAUAAUUGUAUAGAUAUGAAAAUAGAACAAUUAAAAUAAAAUGCUCCUCUUAUUUAAAUACCUAUGUGUUAGAAAUAUAGCAGCUCAUUGAUUAUAUAUAAAGUGAUUCACUAAGUGUGUUCACCCCAUUUUUUGUUUAAAUUUUGCAUUUUUUGAAAUUUUCAAGUGUAAUUAAAGUUGAUAUUUUUUUGAAAAUUUAGAUUUUUCACCACAUUUAAGGAGUACCUUGUGGUAAUACCAACUGGUUUUUCAAAUUAGAACGUAUAUUAAAAAUUCCAUAAAUAGACGCAGUAUUAUUUUAAAUACAUUUUGCUGUUUACAUGCUAACGAGAUAUUCCACUUUUAAGUUUUUGGUAGGGAGAGAGUGAAACAGUAUUAAAAUGCCAUGCACCAUGCCGCCAAACAAAUAAUAGUCCACUACCCUCCCCUUACCUAAACCUAAAAGUGGAAUAUUGUGUCAACAGUUUGACAGAAAUUAAAACUAUUGACACCAAAAUUUAUUUAAAGGAACACUCCGCUUAUUUAUGGAAUUUUUAAUAUAGGUCUCAUUUGAUAAAAUCGAAGUUAGCAUCGCUACAAGAUACUCCUUAAAUAUUGUGACAAAUCUAAUUAUUCGAAAAUAUCAGCUUUAACUACACUUAAAAAUUCCAAAAAUCAAAAUUUGAAUGUAUGCAAAAUUAAACCAAAAAAAUGGAGUGAGUAAUCGCCCUAUAUAUAUAAAUCUACAAAAUAGUACAUCGUAAAAAAUCUACUCAUUAUAUGAAAAUAUAAAAUACUCUUUAAAUCAAUUUAUUCAAAUUUUUUACCCCAUAUAAUAGGUUAAUAACUACGGGUGCUAAAAAAAAAUAAAUUUAACUACUACAAUUAUUAUAACUUUUAUUUCUAAUUGACUACUUUUAUUUGAGUUUGAAAUACUUUGACUUUUCAAAUGUUAAAUACAUUUUCAAUUUGUUAAUUAAUAAUUUAACAUGUUUGCAGUCAAAUCAGAAAAUAUUUUAGUAUCAAGAAACAUGUAUACCUGCACAGAUAAUUUUGUUUGCCAAAAAUGCAACCAUGUGUACCCAAAAAUAACAGAGAAGUUUAGUUUAGAUAGAAACCAUCAUGAAAAUAACAUACAAAAAAAGCCGCAGUAAGAAACAUAUAUUUGUUCAAAUCUGAAUAUUUAAUUUUUUAUACUUAAUUCAUAUAUACUUCAUACAUUGAUGUGUAUGUUAUAGUGUUGAUAGAAAACCAAGUCCAAAGAAAAGACAAGUAUUAAACAUAAAAAAUAAAAGUAGUUCAAAAAAAACAUUAAAAGUAAAUAUUUUAUUAUAACAUUUUACUAAGCAUUCUUGCUUGUAUUUAUGGUUUAUUUAUUUUAUUGUAGAAAAAAAAAGACAUUAAAAUAAAAGAACUUAAAAAUAAUAACAUUAUACCAACAAAUUUAAUUGAUGAAGAGCACAUUACAUUUGAUAUUGGUUUGUAAUUUACAACUAUUUAAUAUGUGUUUAUGAUUAACAUCAAUUUUAUUUUAUUAUUUUUCAUUAAUAGGUGAUAAGGUUCUUGCUUACUGGAUAGCAGACAAACUGUUUUAUCCGGCCACUAUAAUUGGUAUUAUGCCUUCAAAGUAUCGAGUGAAAUUUACAGACGGUGUUGAAAAAUUAGUAACUAUUGAAGGUCUUGUACAUUGUGAAGCGCUAAAGAUAAAUUCUCCUAUUGCAGUUUGUGAUCGUGUUUCUCAAGAAUAUAGAGUUGGUGAAAUUGUUUCUAUUAAUAGGUAGGUUUAAUAGUAAUAAUAAUUGUUAUGAUAAAUUAUAAUAUUUACAGUUUCAUAAAUUGGUUUUUCUAGUAUUACAAAUGGAGACAAAACAUACACAGUUGAUCUUGAGUCAGAAGUGGUUGUAGUUCCUUUUGAUAAUAUAGUAUUAGAGGUUGAAAGUGCUAGAAAGUUACAAAGUAAAAUUGUAUUCAAGAAUUACCAUAGACUUAGUUUGUGUAAAUUGUUUAUAUUAUUAUUAUUUAUUAUUUGUUAUCAUCAAAUUAAAAAUAUUUUAUUUUAAUAUAUUAGCGAAUGUAUCUGAAGGGAAAAGGCUACGAUCGUCACGAUCAACCAACACCACAGAAAAAACAAAAGAUAUAUCCAAUAAACGUAAAAGUACAAGUCAAGUAGGACCAUCUGAACCAAAGAAAAAACGAAAAUGUCUCUUCCCUGAAGCACCUGAUCCUAGAGACAUCCCUAGUACCAGUACAGGAAUAACUGAAGAAAAUUAUGAAAUGGCUAAUCAUAUUGUGUUUUCUUCAGAUUCUGAAUUUGAGUAAGGAAUAUAAUUUUCAGUAGUUCAAUUCUUUAGCAUUAAAUAAAUAAAAACUAAAAUAUUAAUUUAUUAAUAACUAAAAAAUAUAUCAGGGUUCGCUGAUAAUUAUAAAUUGAUAAUUGUCUAAUCCCUAUUAUCCAAAAUAAUAUUAAAAACAACUCCGAUAACAUUAUUUCUAAAAAAAAUGAACAGAAUUAUUUUUUUUACUUAAGUCAUGAAUAAAAACUAUUAGGAAAUGGAUUAUGUAAACAUUACCCGACUAAAGUAACUUUAGCCAUCGUGUAUGACUAAUGUAAAUUAUUAUUAAUAAAUUCAUAAUAUAUAUUUAUUUCAAUAAAAUUAAUUAAUAUAAGUCAACAAUUAAAUAUAAGACCAUCGUCUAAAUGAUAAAUCUAUUUGUCUUCUCCGUUAAUAGUUAUUACAUCAUAUGUUUUUAAAUUUCAGUAAUCUGAGCUUUUCAGUUUAAUUUUGCGUUUUUAACUUCUAAUAUUAUUUUGAAAUUAUUAUUAUUAUUUUUUUUUUUUUGAGAUUAUUAAAUCGAAUUUUGGUUUACUCCGCAAUAAAUUUAUUGAAAAUCACACAAAAAUUGUCUUUUGAACACAUUAUAUUGCAGACGUAUUUGUUUUACUCCGAACACAAUUAAAUUUCAACUGACAUAUGGGUUAGGUACUUUUAAUAUAAAAUAGGUAAAAUUUAAUAUUUGGAAAUAAAUUUCAAAUGAUUGCCAGAUAUGUUAUGGUGUAUUGUUACUGUUAAUUAUUAUUAUUACUAUUAUUAUAGUAAGUUAAAAUGCUAUCUUAUCUUAGUACGAUUUUCACGUCUUAAAAACUUAUCUAUAACUAUCUUACAAUUAGUUCCAUUGAAAAUAAAAUACAAUACCAGGUUUGAACAUUUUUUUAACAAGUUCAUCCAUCCAUCAAUGUCUAAUGUACAAAAUAGCCGGUUAAUGUGUAAAAACUAUGAUUAUAAUUUUGAUUGUUAACUUUAUCCAACUAGUAUAGAUAAUGUCCAUUUUUUUUUUUAACAAUAAACACAAAGAUUUUUAAUUAUAUACAUAGUAUUACCUACAUACUUAAACACUAUACAUUUUCAUUUUUGCUUUAAAUUAGUUAAUAAUUAGAUAUUGAUGAAUAUCAAUUCCUGAAAUAUAUUGUUGAUUGUAAAAUUGGAUCAUAUUUUUUUUUUUAGUCACAUCAGAGAAGAUCUAACAAAAGUAAAUAUGAGGAAAUUUAAAUACUCUGAUAUUGACAGCGAGCACUCAUCUCCUGAACAAGAUAAGCAUAUAAUAAAAAAACUAUCAAUUAAUAAUUGCAUGCCAGUAUUUAAAGAUUUAUAUUUUGUACUGUCUUAUGCUGCAUUUAAACGAAUACCAACGUGCAAUGCGAGCGACCUUAGUGAAGACGAAUUGUUGUCAAGUAAGUAAAAAUUUGAAUUAAUUUUAAUGUAUUUUAAAUUAAAAUACUGAAUAAUUUGUGUUAAUGUUGUUUUAGAUUCACAAUAUUUUGAACCUAAUAAGUUACAUAAAAAAAUAUUGGAAGCCACAAUAUGUCAACAUGGGGGUCAUGUUUUUAAACAUUUAAACAUUAUACCCAAGUCCCAUUACAAACUUACUUACCUAAUUACUGAUACUCCUUCGCAAACAUGUAAUUAUUUUUUGAGUUUGAGCCUUGGUAUACCAUCUUACCAUCACAAAUAUAUUGACCUAGCCAUAUCUCAAGUAUGUAAUUAUAAAAAGUUAAAUAAAUUGUUUUUCAUUUAAGAAUUUAAAAUAUAUAUUAUUAUUUAUUUUAGAAAAAAUUAUUACCUAUGAACUCAUUUUGGGUACUUGGUUUUAAAAUGUUCUUUAUAAUUUACUCCCAUACCUGUAUUUAAUUAUUAUAUUUGAGAAAAUCCUAGUUAUUUUACAGUAGUUUAAUAGUUUUCAUUAUAUAUAAUCAAAUCUCCAAAAAAAAAAAAAAAAAUUUCUUAUGAAAACAGUUACAGUCAACUUGCGAUAUAACAAAUUUCACAAAAUAAUUCGGUAUUUUUAAAGUUUAUAAUAUCAAGAGCAUAAAUGAACAAAAUUUGUUUUAAUGAGAUUUGAAGGAAAUUCAAAAUUUAAAAAUAUGCUACACAUACAUAUUUAUUUCCAUUUAAUAAUAUUUACAUGCUUGUACAUAUAAACAUAGUAAAAUCACAAUAUGUAUAAAAUAUCUGAGCCAUUAUAUUUAUACAUAUAUGUACAGUAAUGUAAAGCAUAUUUCUGUACAUUUUUUGUAGAAGCAUUUAUGUAUACAUUCAUCGACAUUUUGUUUAGCGAUAAUGUAUGCUAGAAAAACUUCGUAAUAAUCUACUAUUUUAUUCUAUUUUUAUAAGUUAUGUAUUUUUCAUUAAGACAAUAUACAUUAGCAGAUGUGUAUCUUAUUUUAAUAAAUAUUAAAAAUUUGAAAUAUCAAGCUCCAAGAUUGUAAGAAUUUGUUAUAUCAUGAGUGCUUUGGCCGAAAAAACUUCAUUAUAUCUAAAGGAACCAAAUACAUUUAAUUUUUAUUAUUAUAUCUUAUAAAAUAAAAUAAUUAUAUAGUUUUAAAACUAUCAUUCACUAUUAAACAACAUAUUGACAUUUAUAAUUUAUUAUUAAUUAAAAUGUUUUAAUUUAAUUUUUAGAAUCUAUCGUUUCCUGAAUUUUUAACUCGUAAUAAUAUUAAACCCAUACCAAAUGGUUGGAGCGUAGAAAAGAAAUCUAUUAUUUUUCGUUCCCCUUCAACUGUCCAUAGAGAGAUAUUUUCCGAGUACAUAAUAUUUUUGGCUUUAUUGGGAGUACCGAAAAAUGAAUUUUUUUCUGGUAUACUAAAAUUUUGUGGUGCCAUAGUAUACACCUCUUGGAAUGAUGGUAUGCAAAUUUAUUUAAUUUAAAGAACAUAUAAUAUCAACAUUGCUUAAAGUGUGUUUACAAACUAUUUUUUUUAGAUGGACCUACUGCGCCAUCACCAUACCACCACACUGUCAUUGUUACGGAUGAAUAUUGUCCAACAGUACUUGCACGAUCAAAACUUCCUAAAUUAUCCUUACAUUGGGUAAUUCAGAGUUUAAUAUGCGAAUCUGUCCGUCCUUUUGAUGGCCAUGAGAGCUAUACGGCAAUAAAUGAUGACAAUAGUGUAUAAGGUUUAACAUAAAAUGAAAUUAAUUUGUUGAAUUUUUUUGUUGUGUCCAAUUUAUUAUUUAUUUAUUUGUGAUGUGAUAAUUUUAAAUAAGGAGUAGGUAAUAAAAACAAGUCUCCAAUAAUUAUUAUGUAUUCUUUUAAUAUUUGAAUGCAUCUCAAAUUACUCUGUAUUAUUUUUAUUUCAAUAUUAAUAAUGAUCAAUUUUAGAUUUAUUAUUAUUAUUCAUAUUACUUAUUUUUAAUGUUACAGUACUCUGGCAUAAUUGAUUUACAUAACAAAUAAUUAUCUUGCAUCAUGAUAUUAAUCAUUUUUGUUUGAUGAUAAAUUUUGUUCGUUUUAUACUUAUUUUAUUUGACUUUUCAAAAAUGUUUUUUUCUUACCUAAUGCAUUGCAUAUAAAUAAAUAUAUAUUUUUUUAAUCAAAUGUAUGUACAAAAUAUAUUCAAAAGUUGUUGUAAGAUUUUUUUUUUUGGAAUAUGUUACUCACUUGUGCUAAAUUUAAUACAAUUAAGUAUCAACGCAAAUAUGUAUUCUUUUGAAAACACAAAAAACUAAAUUAAUAAUUUCAAAUUAUUGAAGAAAAAAAAAAUCAAGUACAAAUUAAAUAUGUUAUAUUUUGCUCAAUUUAUUGUUUUCUAUCAAUGGUCCCAAACGCAUUUCUUUGUUUCCUACGUUGUGAGUGUUAACUAUUUAUAAAAUGUUGAUGUUGUCACUUUAUUUAUAACAUUGAUACAGUAUAUAACAAUGUAAUGCCAUUCAGCAGGACAGUACUGGUGUAUAAUGAAUAAAUGUUUGCCAGGGGUAGCAAUGAAUACAUUUGUGAAAACAUUAAAUUUGUACAAAUUAUGAUCAAGAGUGUAUUAAUUUCGCUAAUAAAAGUUAUUUUUACUUAUAAUAUAUAAAAUAAUAUAAUAAUGUCACUACUUGUAUAAA